UAUGUACACCAACAGCAACAAAAUUUUUGACGGAGGUGUCCAUGUCCAUUGUUUUUAUUGACUGAUCGCAAGCAUUUUCUCCACAUUUCACCCCACAAAACCGAAUUUUCAUCACUAAAAUUCAACACAUACGACAGGGAGAAUUGAAUCUAAAAUUCGGUUAAUUGAAGGUGGGCCCAGAGCUGUAAGAAGAUAGCAUUUGCUCAUCAAGCUUUCUUCCUCGCAGUCCAGUGGAAAUGAGCAGCUUCGCAGAGCAUGAAGAUCUAAUCAAAGAGGCUCUGUUCAAGUUUCUCAGGAGUUAUAUCCCUAGCGCACAACUUAGCUCAAUCGACGAAAUCGUACUGAGCUAUGUGGUCAGUAUUCUGGAAGAGCUGGGGAUGGAUUUUGACGGAUCCGAGGACACAUUCGACGUUGAUGGCUUUUGUGAAAUGAUGACGGCUUACUUUCCCGAGUUCUCAGUCAUCGGCCCGGCGGCAGUCUGCACAUGGAUAUUUGAGUUGGCAGCCUCCUUGAGCAAUCAAAAGAAGUCGAAUUCCUUGAGAGAAUUCUCAAUGCCUGUGGAAGUUCCCUUACUGCCCAUUGUAAGCUCAAGUGCAAGUGAUAGCAGAGGCAGUUCUCAGUCCUCGGACAUAGGUUGUGAUAAAGAACACACUGGCAAGAGGGUUCAUCAUCUGUCAGAAACCAGCGAAGGUUCUUCUGACAGUGGAGACUACCUACCUUCUCAAGAGGAACAAGCAUACAUUGAUGCUCAAUUGGAGUUGCUGUUGGAAAUGUUUCCCACCGUGUGUAAUCUGGAAGUGCGACACUGCUUAGCGAUUGCAGGUGGAGAUGUUGAACAAGCUGCACAACUGGUUCUGCACAGACAAGACGCUGGAGAAAGUUUGACUGCUUCUUCAGUGCAGAUUGCUAGUGGAAAAACUAAACCAAAAGUUGAUGACCAGGAGUUGAAAGAAAGGAUCAUUGCCCGAUACUCUUACAUUGACCAAGCAGAGUCCAGCAGGGAGCACAGACCAGUAGCUCCGAAAUCAGAACCAAAGAAAAUGGUCCGCUACAGGGACAACAAAAUCGUCAGUCUCAAGGGUGAGCGUUUUUCGGAGGUGAAAAAAGACGACGAGGAGGUGAGCAAAAAGACGUAUGUCAAUCUCAAACCAGCAAAGCAGUAUCGAUUUCAUUAACAAAAUGGAUCAUUCCUAGCAGUUGCAAAUUUGUGACAAAAUGAGAUAAAAGAAACAAAAAUAUCAAACUCGCAAUGUGCUGCGAAAUGAUGAGUUGUAUGAAAAAGUCUUCAAGAACCCUGGCUAACUAGAAGCAUCUUUUUAGUUGUACAUAAUUAGCAAAUCGAGCUGAAGCUUAGAGCUUUGAGUGAUGAAUCCAUCAGACAAUGAGGAUAAAAUAUGUAAGCAAAAUUUAAAAUUGUCCGUCACCAAGUAGACGAGUGUGUUAUAUUAAUUAAUUAAUCAUCAGUAACAAUUAGAGAGCUCAGUCAUAUUAGCAAGGCACAGACUUUUCACUUCAGCAGUUUUUGUUUUAAGGUACACAAAUGAGAAUCUUAUUUUAUUUAAGACUGAAAAAAGAAAAAUGCGUUUUGGGUUGAGCUUAUCUGCCAAAUUGAGAUUUUCGGUUUCAGUAUUUGCAUUUAACUAAUUAAAUUCUUUGAAGAAAAAAAUUGUCAAACUGUGUGCGUGUUUCUUACAAUUAAUUAUUUAACGUGAUGAACCAUUACCACGACAGAAACAGAAGCAGAAAAUCUCAUAAACUUAAUUAAUGCACUUUAAUUGAACGAAUUUCAAUUAUACUGCCACUUGUAUUGUAAAAGUAUUGUGAGCCCUCAUAGUGGGGCAGUUAUACUUAAGGUGGAAUGUCUUGGGAAUCUUUUCUUGCUUCCUAUAAAAAUCUUGCUUCACAAAUCUCAUUUUUUUUUUACUUUGUUGUUAACUAAAACCACGUUCCUUAGAGUGACCAUACUAGUUUUGGUUCAUUAAUUUAACUUAUGUUCCCAUCUGAAAUCUCAUUCCACCUUGAAUUUGUGAAUAGAUGUGAUGGUCUUUUGCGUGUGUUGAUAUCGGCAUUUAAAAGUAUAAAUACCAGCAAAUGUAAUUCUGUACUACUGUUCUCACACAAAAUCACACAUGGAUUGAAAAGAUUUUAUUGUGAAUUGUAUACACACUUUGGUGUAGUAAAUGUGCAGCAGUUUGUAUUUCCGCAGCUGGAAGAAAGUCAAUCGCAAAAAUAGACACUUUAAAAUAAGAGCAUGAGACGAAGUAUUAUAUAAUUAUAUACAGUCAUUCUCACUUCAUUUUCCGCUUUGUAUUGAGGAAAAUCCACACUUUUCUCAUCUAAUUCUCUCUCUAUUGAAAAAAAAGAUAUCUCCAAACGAACAUGUGAUACUCCCUUUGUAGCUAACUAAGGCAACAAUAAUGAAAUACUCUUAAAAAUAAAGUUACAA